UCGGAAAAGUCGAUGAGUUCGCGGAAGUGUGUUCUGUCCUUUUUCAUACGAAUAAAUGAAGGAGAGAAAAUAAUCGCAAAAAAUAUGUAAAAGAGCUCUGUCCAUUUGAUCUGUCCAUUUGGAAACAUCAUGUCCUCUAGGGGUCCAUCACUGUUGUGCCCUGGACAUCCUGCGGCAGGAGAUGAUGAAGCGAGGGUGGCGUGUGAACGUGGGACUCCAUCCUCACAGAGACACGCUGGUCUCAUGCUCGCUCAGAUGAACAAGAUGCGUCUUUGCUCUGACUUCUGCGAUGUGAAGUUGCUGGUGGGGGACAGUGUAUUCGGGGUCCACAGGCUGGUGCUGGCCGCCAGUGGCCCUUACUUUGCAGCUCUGUUCUCAGGUGCCAUGAGCGAAGCCCGUGAGGAGGAGGUUCGAAUCGCGGGAGUCGAAGCUGAUGUCUUUGAAAUGCUCCUGGAAUUUAUUUACACUGGCUGUAUUCAUGUGACAGUAGACAUUGUACAGGAGGUGAUGGUGGCCGCAGACAUGCUGCAGUUGAGUGAUGUGGUGGAUAUAUGUGGAGAUUUCCUCCGGGCUCACAUGGACCCCUCCAACUGUGUGGGGGUCUAUCGGUUCCUGGAGCAGAUCGGAUGUAUGGAGCUGUUGCAGUUCACUGAAGACUACAUCCACGUUCAUUUUCUAGAGGUUCGCACUUCAGAGGAGUUCUCAAGCUUGUCUAAAGAUCAGCUGGUGAAGCUGCUGCGCAGCGAGGAGCUCAGGAUUGAAGACGAGUAUCAGGUGUUGACCGCUGCUAUGGACUGGCUCCUCCAUGACGUCCCACACAAGAAGAAGCACAUGGUGGAGGUCCUGGAGCCUGUGCGCUUCCCUCUGCUUUCUCCACAGAGACUCUUCAAGUACAUAGAGGGUAUUUCUGACUUCAGUUUGCGAGUGGCGUUACAGACGCUGCUGAGAGAGUACACGGAAGUCAACAAGUCUCCAAAAGAAAGCAAACCAAUUAAUCUCUUGCAAACGGCCAAAACCCGCCCCAGGAGAAAAGCCCGCAAGUACCUCUACGCCAUUGGUGGUUACACUCGUCUUCAGGGUGGCCGCUGGAGUGACAGUCGGGCUCUAAGCUGUGUGGAACGCUUUGAUUCAUUCAGUCAGUACUGGACCACCGUGUCUUCUCUGCAUCAAGCCCGUAGUGGUCUCGGGGUGGCAGUUCUGGAGGGCAUGAUCUAUGUGGUUGGGGGAGAAAAAGACUCCAUGAUCUUCGAUUGUACGGAGCGAUAUGACCCUGUGACUAAACAGUGGGCAGCAGUGGCAUCUCUGAACUACCCUCGCUGUGGGGUGGGGGUUUGUUCGUGUCAUGGAGCUCUCUAUGCACUUGGGGGCUGGAUUGGCUCAGAGAUUGGGAAGACCAUGGAGCGAUAUGACCCAACUGAUAAUAAGUGGGAGGUUAUUGGAAGUAUGGCUGUACCUCGAUACUACUUUGGUUGCUGUGAACUGCAAGGUUUCAUCUAUGUGAUUGGCGGAAUCAGUGAUGAGGGUACAGAGCUGUGUUCGGCUGAGGUCUAUGACCCUAUUUCCCGCCGCUGGAGUGCCCUUCCUGUCAUGGUGACACGACGGGCAUAUGUGGGUGUGGCUAGUCUAAAUAACUGCAUCUAUGCUGUAGGGGGCUGGAAUGAAGCUCUGGGGUCACUGGACACUGUGGAAAAAUACUGUCUGGAGGAGGAGAAGUGGAUGGAGGUGGCAUCAUUGGCGGUCCCGCGGGCUGGCGUCACAGUCGCGGCCGUCAACGGCUUGUUGUACGCGGUGGGCGGUCGGACCUCCAGUCGAGACUUUUCGGCACCAGUCACUGUGGAUUCGGUCGAAAUCUAUGACCCUCACCUGGACACUUGGACGGAGAUCGGAAACAUGAUCACCAGUCGUUGUGAUGGGGGCGUGGCUGUGCUCUGAUUGGCCGCUUCUGGCUGAAAACAUUUAACGUAAACUCUCAGACUCGGCACUUACUGUUCAACUCGACUCGACUUUUAUCACGUAACUCAGUGUCUAAUGUAUCAUUUUAACUAAGUGAAGACAGACACCUGGUCAAAUUAGAUGUGAUAAACAUAGACACGUACAGUCGUAGUGCACAAAGGGUGAAGUUUGAGGCUUUUUUUAUCAAGAGACUUUUUAACACCACUUCUAUGUCUGUAGUUGUCACUGCAGGGCCACAAGCAAACCACACUUUAAUAAAGCAGUUCUUUGUAACGCUUAAAGUUUAACCUAAAUGUAAGACUGAAUAGAAUGUAUAGGAUCUGAAAUAUUGUAAACGAUCCUGAAAUGUCCUCCAGACAGGUGCUCCAGUUGAUUCGAAAGGUCAGGCAGUAGCAAGGUGGUCUGUUAUGUCAAUAUGUUUGUGUGAAUUUGCUUUUGGUGUUAUCAUCUCAUUUCUGUUCUGUUGUCAAGAAAAGUGUUUACGAUGUGCAAAUUAUCAAACAUUACAUUUCCGCUUAUUCUGUACUUCUGUAAAAAAAUUGCCCUAAAUAGAAAUACUGUGUCACAUAUCCAUCUCAUUUCAAAAUCUUUAUUUUGUAACAUGUUGCACUUUUUUGUAUUAUAACUUUUUUCUUUGAUUUUUCGGAAUCAAAAAAUUGUGUUAAGCUUAAAAUAUUUUAAUAAAUGGAAAUUCU